AUGGAGUCCACGAUGCUAGCUAUGGUGCUUUGUCUGGUGAUACCUUCUUUUACAAUGGUUUCCGGAGAAAUCAGGCUGAGUUUGAUGGAGCAAUCGAUUGACGACAUGUACCGAAACUGUGAGUCUGCAAUGGAGGCUAAAGUCAUGGGGGUUUACUUCCCCAGAGAGAACAAGACGCAGCCGUUUAAGGAUGGUUGGAAACUGGCCAAAAGUCCUGCCAAAAGAAAGUAUGAUCAGCAACCAACUAAGAUAUUAACCCUCGACCAAUGUCAAGCCAUCUUUACGUACUCACAACAGUUCCCUGAUGUCUACGAACGUUUCAACACCAUCAACCGAGACGGAGCCAAAAUCUAUGGUACCAUAAAAUACGACUACCACUCUCUACACUUUUGGCUCACUACCGCCUUACAGCGCCUGAACCCAAACAAGCAGUGCCACACAACAUACAGGAGAACCAAAGUCAAAAUUACAGGUAAAGUCAACCAAGAGAUGCGCUUUGGUUCUUUUGCGUCCUCCAGCACUGACCCGGAUCUGGGCACAUUUGGAACAGAGAGCUGCUUUUACAUCGAGACCUGCUACGGCGCAAACAUCGAAAAAUAUUCUCGUCUGGGUGAGAGCGAAGUGCUCAUUCCACCGUAUGAGAAGUUCAAAGUGAUAGAUAUAGCGGAGAAAUCAUACAAAGAGUUCAAAGACUGUAAAAAAAUCUUUGUCCUCAAGAAUGCAGAUAAGUUGAGUAAACUGAACUGCAAGGCUGACUAA